GUUUUUUAAAUUCUAACUGGUAGCUAACAGCUUUUAAGUAAUAUGCGAAGGAACUACGUUACUUGUAAUCCUCCAUAGCUAAACAGCGUUUAUUAAUAGAGAAGGAAAGAAAGCUUAGAAGCACACUCGUUCACUCACUUGAGAAAAAAAUUAAAAAAAAAAAAAGAGAUUACUACAUAAAACAAGCUAGCUAAUAAACUACCAAUACUCCAAAUCAGAUCCCUACUAAUUCUCGUUAUUGAAAAUGUCCGAAAAGAAUGAGAACAAUGAUUUGGUUGAUGCUUUUUUAUCAAAUACAUACCUAAAUACUGAAGAACUAAAAAGAGAAGAUGAAUUUACUCCUGAUGAAUUUCUAGUCUCGAAAAGAUUUCUAGGCCUUGACGGCCUUAUUACUGAGUUAAGCCGCGUUUUUGAAAAUGCCAAUAAAGAAUUAAUGGACUUGGUAAAAGAUAAUUAUCAGGAUUUCGUACGUUUAGGAGCAAGAAUGAAUGCGGGUAAUCAAAAAGUUGAUGUUUUAUUGUCUGCAAUACAACGUUCCGAAGAACAAAUUAAGAAAUCUCAAACCUCCGUUCAGAAUUAUGAGAACGAUCUGAGAGACUUAAUUAACAGGAGAAAAAACCUUGAAAAGGAAAAGCAAAUUGCAAGUGAGUUACUCUUGCUUCAAAGACACCUUGAUUUUUUAAAGACGUCCUCCCGAAACCACCCUUUAUGGCUUGAUAGUUUAAACACAGUUCAAUGUUUGUCUCAAACGCAUAAAGAUCACCCUUGGGUGAAGUCACUCCAAUCCGAGAUACACAAUUUUCCGAGAGAUUCGUGACCCUUUAUAUAAUCGUGCUAGUCUUACUACUUAUUGUUUAAUGUUUCCUUGAUCCUUACUCAACUCAGUUGAUUUUCGGUAUUUUUUCCCUAUAUGUACAAAUAUUAUUCAAAAAACCAAAACCCUUCUACCUCCUAAUCUAGAUAUCAAAUAUUAUGUUACCUUUAAAUUAAUAUUCCCAAUUUUUCAAACGGUUUAAUUUCCGGAAUUUCCGGAGCGACUGGCUGCUCUCCGAUAGCUGUUUCGAAGGUGUUCAUCGGAACAGAAAGAAUUGGUACCACCUUUUCACGGAGUAUAGUAAUGACAUUUGAGAAACCGCGUUGAAGCUCUGAUGCUUGAGUAUACAUAUCGCAACGCAUCAAAGCUUCUAACAACCUAUACGUCUCAGCUCUCAUGGAUUCCACGCGACUUAUCAAUCGCUUCAAUGAGUUCACUAAAUAUUCUUCCUCAAAGACUGUGCCCUUCUUUCCUCUAGCCCUCUUUUUUUCUAAACGGCGAUUAUUCUUUGCGGUAUUCCUUGUCAUUUUUGUAGAAGCGGUAGAUUGAGUAUACCUUGUGUAAAGUGAUCUAUUAGUAGACACACUUGUGGAAGCUAAAGAUAAAUCGUCAGGUGUUUGAUCCUCUAAAUUCCCUUCUGCCCAACCUGUCGGAUCUUCCUUCUUUUUGGCGCGCAAAACUAAAAUUCGUUCUGUUUGAGCUUUAAUUUGGCUAUUGAAAUCAGCAACCAUUUCACUUGCUUCACCAAAAGACUCUCCAAUUGCGGGGAGUAAAACGUCUUUGAAAAGAGAUGGAUCAGCUUCCUUUGUUCUUGCCAAGCGAAUUGCCUCGCUAUAUUGGGUUCCCUUGCACAUAUUAAUGAUAGCUUCCUUCACGUUAGAAAGAUACAAAAGAUAUAUAUAAGCGGCAUCGACGUAAUCUCUCUUCUCCAAGCAAAGAUUAGCAAGAUUAUCAGCAAUUUCUUCGACUUUGCUAUCGGACGUAGAAGAAAACUGUAAAAUAGACAUACAUUCCCUCCACAUUCCAGCGCUUUUGUAAGCUUCAAUUGCUUCACUGAUCAUGCCAACCGAUUCAAAAGCUAUAGCUGCUUCAUUUGCUUUUCCAUUUUCUCGAAGAUAAUUGGCAUAUAUAACCAAUAUGGAUUGCUGCUUUUCCUUGUCAUAUUUGUAUAAUUCUAAAGCAGUCCUGUAUAAUUUAUGUUUAACUACAUAGUCCUUUAGUUCCUCGAAGGCCCCUUCAAUUUCUUUCAGAUGGGUCAAACCAUGUUCGUAUCUCUUUAGAUGACAGUCAAUAUUGAAUUUACGUCUGAGAAUAUCCUGCUUCUGAAAGUUUUGUAGGAAGGGAACAUACUCACGAGGAUCCUUCUGGGAUUGCUGGGCAAUCAAGAGCGCCAGUUUCAAGUCGUAUAAACCUAGAGCAUGAUCAAACAACAUAUUUAUAUCUACCAAGAAACACAUAUGCUCGAUGACACUAUCAACAGAGGAAGAUUUCGACUCAAUUAAUCCCGAAAUCAUGUUCAACGCCUCGGUAAUGUUAGGAGGUGUCUCGCAAAGAUAAGACGUAAUAAUGGAUUGGAAGAACUUAUUAUCUUUUUUCGAAAUUAAAACAUCACGUACAGCCUUACAUAUGGUGUUCACCUUGUUUUCGUAAGUAGUUUGGUUUUCGGAUAACUUAUACUUUGAGGUAUCCAUGUACAUGCUUUGAGUGACAUCUUCUGGCUUUAAAGAAGCGAAAAAAAGAUCCAAGUAAUCGACUCUGCCCAAUUGAUCAACAAAUGAGGAUACGUUCAAGAAAAACUUUUCAGGAUCAUAAUCAAAUAACAUGUUCAGAUCCAAGCGAUGAGUACGGCAUACUUUGAAAGCCGAACUAUAAUCCGAAACAUCAAUCAACUUCCGUACCCCAUUCAACACCAUGAUACGUGGAAAUAUAGUUUCAAGAUUACCUCUUGGCAUCUGCAAUACGACCGCCAUUUUCGAGGGCAUCAUGGUUACUACCUUUGCGCCUCUUUCAACUGCACGGCAUCGCUCAUCGUGUCUUUCUACACCAUCAUCUUCAACAACCUUCAUAUCAUCAACAAAUGGCUGCAAAUGGACGAAUUUUAGAAUAUGCUUAUUUGUGGUAAAGGCAAGGAAACGAUCUGUGCAGUAGAAAGAAAGCACUCCGGUACUUAAUAACCUCUGCUCAGCGUAUAAUCUUCCGGAAGAUGUUAAACCUAUCGGUAUAACCGAGUCAUCAAUUAAAACGGUAGUAAACCAAGCGCAAGCUUUGGGAAGGUCACAAUGGAAUUUCUCAACAUUAAAAUUAUUGAUGUCAAGCGAGAAAAUUUCACCAUUUUCCGACUGUAAAAACAGUUUGGCAAGCUUUUCGAUGUAAGAAACGUUUAUGAAAUUCUUUCCGAGGUCCGUUACGUUGAGUAAUGAAGCCAUGCACGAUUCAUCUUUGACACCUGUGGACUGAAACAAACAAAUCUUGGUUUUGUUAUUUCUGUCGUCUGCCAGAAUGAUGAAUUUCGAGCUCUCCAAAGCUAGAAGUCGCUUAACGUUUAGCUCGCUCGUAUAUUCAGAUAUAUCACAUGCAUACGAAAACGUUGGUUUACGUUUUGGUUCGUAUUGGUAAACGUGUACUUUAUAAUUAUCGGACAAGUAAAUCGAUCUAGAAAAUGGAUCGAGAGAGACAAGCUCUAUUUUGAAGGGAAGCGACAGAUUACAUAAGGACAAGGGUGGUGGAAUAUUCGCAAAAUAAAGCGGAGUAACUAAAAGAGAGGAACCAUCGAUCACCGGAGUCAGGCCAUAAUCUGUUGGUGCCGCAGUUUUACAAGUUGGGUAAGCGAAUUCAAGAUCAAUCCUUUCAACAUGAGAUCCGUUAGUCACGAAAAGAGACUGAGAUCUUUCGGGAUGCCAACAAAAUGAAGCGUGACUUGCAAUUGGAAUUGUCUUCUUCAAAUACCAGUGAUAGUUACCAGUUGUCCACAAAGCAAUAGAUUGGGGAGUUGAUAUGGCAAGAAUAGAGGAGGCGUUGUUCCAAGCUAACCCCGUAAAUUUUUCGUUGCUAGGGCAUCCCAGAGAGAACUCACCAUGUCUUAAACCAUUUCUUUCAAAAAAAAUCACUUUACUUUCAUUCGCAUCUCCAAAAGAAGACUGGACAGAUGCUAAAACGGAGCCGGAAGGUUUCCACGAAAGAAAACUUUGAUGACCAUCUUGUGGUUCACUAAUACUGUCAAGGACACCCUCACGUGAAUAUACACGAAUGGCUCGACGUGAUCCAGCUUCAAUACGGUUUAUGGCGACAUAUGCACCAUCACCACGCCAACACAUAUUUACUUUGCCAUCGUCAACAUCCGAAAGCUUACCUUCAUCAAUUUGUUCUGGCAACGUAGGAUCACGAAGUUGCGCGCGGACACGUUUGCCACGAAAUUGGGUUUCUGACCGACCCCAUCCGACACUGAUAUGCUUGUUAAAUUCGCUUAAGUCAUUUUCGGACAAAGUUGUUUCAGCAAUCACAUCAAAUCGUUUAGUCAUAUGCAAAAUUGUGUUUCCUCCAGUUAGUAUACUAAGGACUUGUUCAUCUGGAGACCAGCAAGAAGCAAUAAUGCCAUUCUCCACGUUUCCAAUUACUUCCACUACUGGUUCUCCAGGUGCUGGUUCUGUUUUGACCAUUAUGAUAUCCCCGCCUUUCAUGGAUAUGCAAAUUGACAUGGAAUCACCUAAAAACUGCAUAUUGCAUAUUUGAUCCCAUGAUCCAUCUUCUUUUAGGUAAGCAGGAUCAUCAUGUUCAGUAAGAUAUUCCACAACAUUGUCUUCGUGUAUUCGAUAAACUGUAAUUCCAGGAUUAUUAUCGUUCAAUCCACAAGCUACGUAAAUAGUAUUAUUGACGGUAUCAAAAGCUAUGCUCUGAAUAGCGUUAGAAAUUUCAG